UUGCCCGUCUGUGUGUCGGUCGAUUGCCCACCAGCUGGCCCUGGCUUGUCUGGCUCCUCCGAGGUACGCGCGCUGAAGAGUUCUGAAUCUGAAUCUAUCCGUAACCACGACCUGCUCUACUCGUCACCUUUGACUAGCCCCGAGCGACACGCGGAGGGCCGCCAGUGUCCGGCGACCACCAACCAGAGGUCCUUGUCGCGGCAAUCCAUCCAGGGGCACACUGCAAGACCUCCCCCCUCCAUCUCAAUCCGACGCCCUGUUUGGUUCGCACCAAGAGAGGAAAAAGAAGCACCGCACUAUCAACUAUCCCCUGUCAGGAGUCCUGCCUGGUUUGGGACUCCUAGAAACCUUUCUGUACGCACUACUCCGUACGGAAACCUACCUUUAAGAAGUCAAGGAUACCAAGAACGCCUGCGAGCAACCCAAUUAGAACCGACGAGACCAGAAGACCAGACCAAACGUCGAAGCAGAUCAUGUCUCGAUACAACUACGUACUAUACCGCCUCUCCAACUCCGUCCUCCCGUUCCCUCGUACUCCGUGCUUCGUACCCAUCUACCCUUCCGUCGCCGCCCUUCCCCCCCCUCCAUCUCGCAUCUUGCAUCCUGGCCCAUCGACUCGCACUCGGCUUCAAGGACGCCCGACCUCCAAUCACCUAUUGUACGAUUUCAGCGACGACGACCUGGCAAAUAAUCACUUGA